GGAAACGAACCAGGGAACAAAAUCGGGAAGAACAGAACAGAAGAAGAAGAAGAUCAGAGUUUGCAGGAGGAAGAAGAAAAUUGCAGAGAGAAUUGAGAGGAAGAAAUAACAAUUGUAUAACAUAAUCCCCAUUACAAUCUCUAUUUCGUAUUUAUACUAAGAAGGGAAAUAUCUAAUAACAACUCAGCAACAAACUUAACAGUUCAAGGAGUGAAACGGCGCCAUUUUGAUUAUUACCGCUUCUACUGAUUCUAAUCUUCUUCCGCCUCUUGUUUUUUCUUCCGUUUCCUCGGGGUGUUACAGCCGAGCUUCAAUUUUUCAUCAUUCUGCAGACGCCGAAGAGAUGAAAAUGUUGAAAUCAUAUCUUGUGAAGGCUGCUUUUAGAAACCAUGGCUAUAAUCUUUUCCAGUUUAUUCCACAGAGGGGGGUGCACAACAGAAACAAGGAGGCAGCGGAGUUCAUAGCAAAAGGGUGGAAUGCUCUGAAGGAAGUUGAUAGAGUGAUGGAUUAUUGUGAGCUAAGGGACAAACGGCUCUUUCCUCUCCUAAGUGAUGCAAAGGAGAAAUUUGAAUUGGCUUUGGAGGCAGACAACUCGAAUACCCAAGCCAGAUAUUGGCUGUCAAAAGUGCAUCUCAAGUACUAUACCCCUGGUGCUUGUAAAGCCAUCGGUGUUGCUUUGUUAGUUGAAGCUGCGGAGAUGGGUGAUCCAGAUGCUCAGUAUGAAUUAGGUCGCCGUUUGAGAGUUGAGAACGAUUAUGUUCAAUCAGAUCAGCAAGCAUUUUACUAUAUAGAGAAGGCAGCUGAUCAGUUGCAUUCAGGUGCACUAUACCUUCUAGGUGCUGUAUUUCUGACUGGGGAUUGUGUAAAGAAAGACGUUGAUUCAGCAAUAUGGUGUUUCCAUAGAGCGUCACAAAAGGGUCAUCCUGGAGCUGCUAUAGCAUACGGAUCCCUUCUUCUUCAAGGGGCCAAAGUUCCAGAAGCAGUAACGAAAUUUCAUACAAAAAGGCCUUCGAAGAGAGUGUUAAGAAAGUACGUGGAAGAGGACGAGCUUAACCCGGUUGAACUGGCUAGGGAGCAGUUUGAAAUGGCUGUAGGAGCAGGAUGUGAUCUUGGAUUGACAUGGUUGAAAAGGCUGGAGGAAGAAGAGAAGCGUCUGCUGUCCUCAUAGUUGAGAGAACAACAUAAACGGACUCUUGAUAUCAAGAGUUAGCUGCCAUAUUCAGCUUCAAAGGAUGCAUCAAAAUAUCAAAUGAUGAAUUCAAUGCCAUUAAUAAUGGAUAUCUACUUGUUUUGAAUGUGUAUCUUGAUUAAGUUAUACCUCGAUUUAUGUAGUGAACUCGAGUUUGCACAAACCACUAGAAUGCAUUUGGACAUCGAUAGGGACGUUAAAAGCCUGCAAUCAAUCCAAUUAGUUAGUCCUUCCUGUAAUGUGAUUUAGUUUUUAUUUUACGUUUAAUGGUUACAUAUAUGGGCAUGGAAAUACCAAAAGUCAA